AACGCCGCUCCGGGCGCAUAGUGGACCUAGGCGCGUCAAAACAUGCCCCGAAACCACGGAUCGGCCGCCUACGGGAUCAAGAAACUUACUGCCGGAGCCACAGAGAUCUGCACAGGCCAAGAAUGAUAAAUCUGGGCCAGUAUGGAUGGGUGCAGAUGAGAAGGAAGAGAGAUGCAGGAGUGAGAAAUGAAAUGGGGAGUGGCCCUGAUUUAUUUGUUAUGCCUGAGAGCGACUUUAUGAGACCAAACGAAGGUC